GUGGAACUUUCCUCCGUGCGUAAAAGCGACACUCAGGGCUGAGGACACAGGGACACAGGACCGUUGGACGAGACAGCUGGGACAAUGUCCAGUUCUACUUGUUCUUACCGGAGGACAGGACUUGGACAUGUGCUGCUGGUGAUCAUAGGAGUGACAGAAUGGACAGUUGCAUCUGCAGGGACAAGCUUCAAGCAGAGUGUCCCCCGAGUCAAACUGAGCUAUAAAGAUCUGGUGCAGGCUGGCAGUGUGUCCGUGCUCCUGGGGCCCUCAGAUGAACUCCACUCCCACACACUGCUGCUGGACGAGGAGAGGGGCCGACUGCUGCUAGGGGCCCGUGACCACAUCUACUUGCUGGACCCCGACAACCCAGACAAAACUCCCAGGAAGAUCCACUGGCCAGCCUCCAGGGAGCGUGUGGACAUGUGCAGACAGGCUGGCAAAAACCCAACUUUGGAAUGUGCCAACUUUGUCCGGGUCCUGCACAACUACAACCACACACACUUGUACGCCUGUGGGACCGGAGCCUUCCACCCCAUCUGCGCCUACCUCCGCAUCACUGGGAAUACAGAGGAUGGAGAGUACCAGCUGCUGUCGGAAACAGAAGAGUCGGGCAGGCUCAAGUGUCCCUUUGACCCCGCGCAGCCCUUCACCUCAGUGCUCACAGAUCAGUUCCUGUACUCGGGCACAUCCUCAGACUUCCUGGGUAAAGAUGCCUCCUUCACUCGAUCCCUGGGUCCUACUCCAGACCAGCACUACAUCCGGACUGAGAUCUCACAGGACUACUGGAUCAAUGAGGCUAAGUUCAUCUCCGCUCACUCCAUCUCCGACACGUACAACCCGGACGACGACAAGAUAUACUUCUUCUUCCGCGAGGCAUCCAGAGAGGGCAGCGAUAAAAGCAUUGUGUCUCGCGUGGCCCGAGUCUGCAAGAAUGACAUGGGAGGACUGAGGAGUCUGACCCAUAAGUGGACCACGUUCUUAAAGGCCCGACUCGUCUGCUCUGUGCCGGGGGAGGACGGGGUGGACACGCACUUCGACCAGCUACAGGACAUCUUUAUGCUCCCGAGCAGAGACGAAAAGAACACCAAAGUGUACGCUGUCUUCACCACCUCCAGCUCCCUGUUCCCCGGCUCGGCGGUGUGUGUGUACAAUAUGGCUGACAUCCGGGCGGUGUUUAAUGGCCCCUACGCCCACAAGGAGAGCCCCGACCACAAAUGGGUGGAGUACGAUGGCCGCAUACCCUACCCCCGCCCCGGAACCUGCCCGAGUAAAACCUACGACCCCCGGAUAAAGAGCACCAAGGACUUCCCUGAUGAGGUGGUGAGCUUUAUGCGCAUGCACCCCCUCAUGCAGCGCUCUGUGCCUCCAGUAGGGGGCAGACCGGUGUUCACGCGGCUCAGGGCGGACUACACCCUGACACACAUCCGGGUGGACAGAGUCAUGGCGGAGGACGGGCACUACGAGGUCAUGUUCCUGGGGACAGACAUUGGGUCAGUGCUCAAAGUGGUGUCUAUCUCUCAGGAGAACUGGGCCACAGAGGAGGUCAUCCUGGAGGAGCUGCAGGUCUUUCAGACUCCCAGUCCCAUCCUGAGCAUGGAGAUUUCUUCUAAACAGCAGGUGCUGUUAGUGGGCUCGGCUCUGGGCCUGUCUCGGGUCUCCUUAAGCCGCUGCCCUGUGUACGGUCAGGCCUGUGCUGAGUGCUGUUUAGCCCGGGACCCCUACUGCGCCUGGGACGGACACAGCUGUGCACGCUACAUCCCCGCAGCCAAGAGACGAGCCAGAAGACAAGACAUAAAGAACGGAGACCCUGCCACACAGUGCUGGGACACAGAGGAUCGCCUUAAAGGGAAGGGCGUGGAGGAGAAGAUGAUCUUUGGCAUUGAGAAGAACUCGACUUUUCUGGAGUGUGUGGCCAAAUCUCAACAGGCUCAGAUCUUAUGGACCUUCCAGAGGGCGGGGUCAGAGCGCAGGGAGGAGAUCAAAGCAGACGACCGCAUGCUCUACACCACCCGAGGCCUCCUGAUCCGCUCCGUCCGGCCCUCAGACGCCGGCUCUUACACGUGCCUUGCCCAAGAGCACUCCCACUUCACCCACACCCUCCUCAAAAUCAAACUACAGCUCGUAACGCAUGUGCAGCUGGCCUCCAAACCCGGCGAAGAAACUCACCUCAAAGCCGAAUCCAAGCAGCACUAUAAGGACUACCUCCGGGUCAUGAGCGCCCCCUACGGCUCGCUGGAGGAGUACUGCGACUCGCUGUGGCUGGAGAAGAGACCGAGCCGGGCCAAAGGGAAAGGCUUAGGGAGUAGUAAGUGGAAGCACAUGCAGGAGAUGAAAAAGAACAGAAACAGAAGACACCACGUGAAGGCGGAGGAGGUACAACGUUAAACAAGUGACUUACAAUUCAAUAUGUUUCAGCUGUCCAUAGCACAAUUUAAAUGUUGGAAGUGUUUUUAUUAUUAUUUAAUGUCAUGUUACAUUAAUUUGACUUGUUGUAAUGUUCUAAUGUUCCUUGAUCAAAAACAUACCUGGAAUAGAUUUUAUUUGAUUCACACUUGCCUGUUGCACUUAGUUCUUACUUUUCUUACUUGGUGGAGCGUCCCCUGUGAUGUCGGUAUGAUGCUCUUGUCCAGAUGUGCGUCCCCUCACUACUGCACUUGCUGCUUUUGCCUAAUCAUAAAGUAAACUAUAAAUUUAGUAACAUAAUACUAUCAUGAUUUUAUUAUAACAAAUCAAAAGCAACAUGAUCUUUGAUGGCUGUCUAUACUGCCAUUUUUAGAUUCAUUUCUUUUGAAAAACUGUGGCCCCUUUCUCUGUAAAUGCUGCUGUCAGGAUUGUCAUUUUGAUCUUAAAAUGCUCGUAUUAACCCGCUCUACAUGAUCCUGGUAUUUUUAUUUCGCUAUUGUGUCCGUAAAUCAAGAAAUAAACAUUAAUAACAGACAAAUCAGGUGCCUUCUUUUCCCGAGGUCAGUCCCGCUAGCGAUUAACAGUGUCACUUAGCAGGAAGAGGCGUUAUCUUCAGCAGCCUCGCUCUGGGUUGGCUCUUUGGUUGCUAUGAUACUUGCGGUCGGAAUUCUAAAUUCUAUAACUUCUAGCCUCGAUGAGCUUCAUUUGACUGGAGCCAAACACUAUGAGUGAAGUCACAUUCACUUAGUCCACUUCUUUUUACAGUCUAUGGAGGGGAUAGACAAUUUGUAUGAUUAGACAAAACUGCAGAAAUACGCAAUGAUGCACAUCUCGACGGGGGUGCAUAGACUGACAGAACACCACCACCUGCUUGUCUCCAUGGAAACCACAGUUUGGAAGUAAAGUACUAUCUUUUAUUCAUUUAUUUCAUUACAGGUGUUUUUUUUUCUAUUAUGCUGUUUUUGUUGUUGCUUGAAAUACCUUGAAUAAACUACAUUAAUAAUACAGUAUUCUUACUGUAAGCAGACGCCACUCUCCACUGAUCAGGAGUCUUAAUGUGGAAAUCUUAAUAAAAGUGCACGUAGGGAUAAAAACACAACUUCCUCAAACCUGUCUCAGCACAGAUCGUCUGUCAUCGUCUUUGAAGGCACUGACGCACAAAUUUCAAGGUCUUUUGUUUUGUUUGUUUUUUUGUUUUUUUCAUUUUGCAAACAUCAAUAUUUACAACAUGUAGUGCUUAUUUACAAGUGAGAACAAGUGAGGAAUAUUAAAUGGAUAUGCAAAAGUGAGAGAAGGGUUUGUAGUUAGGUACUUGUCAAAGUGAGGGCAGUGACACAACAGUAGAGGCCAUUAUCAUGAUUAUAAUGGAAAAAGAAACAAUAAACACACACACACAAGAGUUUACCAUAUACAUGACCAAACAUUUACACACCAAGUUGUCUUUAUAAAUCACAAACUUAAAAUGGAAAAUCACGUUUGUAAAAUAUUAGCAUCUACACACAGUUUAUAACAAAAAAAAAAAAAAAAAAAAAAACCCAAACCCUGACCUGUAACUUGGUCUGGUGGCACCAUCUGACCAUCUUUACAAGAUUUUAUGCCAUACUGUGGAACAUUCCAGGCAAAGUAAAGCUUGUUUCUAUCACCACGGAGACACACAGAAAUUAAUAUGAAGCAUCUAAUUGUCAAUGUCAUUUUGACAAUAGCAAUGCUGCAAUUUUUUAAGUCAAUUGCCUCACUCCCCAUAGUUGCCAGCAGAGGGCACCAAACAUCUAUAUAAAAAGUAAUACCUCCCACUGUAAACCAUAGCAUAUAUUUAGGCCAGUCUAAAGAAAAGUUUGUCUAAUAAUUUGUGUCACCUGACCUUGACAAUUUUAAAGUGGGGUACAAUUUAUUUUAUUCUGUAUGUGAUCACUAUUGUAGGAUUGUAAACGCAGUUGGACAGGUUGCUAUGGUGAUACUGUAUGAAUGACUGUAAAUAUACAACGUGUACAGGAGCAUGCCUAGUUUACUCCAUUACUAAACUGUAUAAAUACAACGAUAAUGUUUGUUUUGAAGAAUAUUUUUGUACAAAUGUCUCACUGAUUGUAGGUCAAGUUGAUGGAUUUUUCAUGUGUGUGUGUGUAUAAUUUA